UUUAUGAAGUAUUCUACGGGAAGUGCAUCAAAAUUAAAAAAUAUAUGUGUUUUUUUUUUCAAUUUAAGUUUUAUGAAGCUCUGAACAUGAUCAAUGGCGGUGACGACACUGGAAGAAGCUUUCAACAGAGGAAGUUGUGUAGCGGCGGCGACGAUUUUGCCAAAGCAAUCGCCAAACUCGUUGUGGCACAACUCUGCGAGAUCGAAGGGUUCCAGAGUUUUCAGCACUUAGCACUUGACACAUUAUCCGAUGUUGCGGUUCGUUACAUUUUCAAUACAGGAAAAUCUGCGCAUUACAAUGCUAAUCUUUCAGGAAGAAAUGAAUGCAAUGUGUUUGAUGUGAUUCUAGGGUUGGAAGAUUUGGGAUCAGUUCAAGGCUUUGUGGCUGCUUCUGAUGUUGAUCAUUGCCUUGCAGGUUCCGGAAUUGUUCGGGAGAUUGUUGAUUUUGUUUAUGAAUCUGAACAGAUUCCGUUUGUUUUCGCCGUUCCGAAGUUUCCGGUGACGAGAGAAAGGGCGAUGAGUCCUAGUUUCUCGCGAAUUGCGGAAGAUCCUCCCGGGGAGCAUAUUCCGACUUGGUUGCCGGCAUUUCCUGAUUGGAAUGGAAGAGGGAUGGAAGCUAAUACUGCGAAGGAGGAGCAUUCUCUCCUACAUUUGCAGAAGCAUCUUUUGUCCAAUGGAUCUACAUUUGUUGAUCAUGGUGAUGCUAAGGCCAAACGAAUAGCUAUAGAAAGUAAUCCGUUUCUUGCUGCGCCUUUGUGGGAUAAGGAAGUGGCUUCUGUUGUUCCUCCUCCGGUAAAGAUACUCAAUGAUGUGGAUUCAGGGAAUCCUCCUGUUGUGGAAAAUUGUGUUGGAGAUGAAUGUGUUUCUGUAGUGGAGGCAUUUGCUCCGGCAAUUGAAAGGGUAAAAGGUGCACGGUGCGAGUUUAGGGAAGGGAAGAUGACAGAGCUUCAUUUGAAUAAGAAGCAUGCUGUGAGUUUUAAGAUUGGGACAAGAAAUAAAUUGUUGGGAAGGUUGGCGGAUUUGAGUCCGGAAUGAAAGGAGCCGCGGAAAACAAAGAUGAGCUCGUUCAGUUACACCAGACAAUGGAUACAUUAACUAUCUUCAAAGGCCACAAUCAAUGAGUUUAAUAUGGCUAUUGAGCUAUAGUGAAGUUGCCUGCAAUGCCUAGCUGGAUAGUUAGCUACUUCAGCUCUCACAACUUCUGUAAUCAAAUCUUUAAAGAUCAAGCGUUCAAUAUCCAACACAACAUUUGGUAUCUCGGUGUUGCACUCUGU